AGACUGCCACCAGCAUCAGAUUUCUCGCUGUGAGAGAGAGGGGGGAUAGCGCUCGCUUUAUUGAGAGAGCGGAAGAGAGAGAGAGAAACAACUCUGGACGACUGAAGACUUGCUGCUGCCACAAACACAUAACGACAGAAACACCUAAAGAAAAACAGCUAAAUACAUCUGUAAAAGUUACAGAUCGAGCCAUGGACGGGAUGGUUGCAUUUGGACGCGCUUCUCUCCUGUGCACCUUGCUGCUUUGCUUUUCAUUGCAAGUGUGCUGGGCCAUCGUGACAGUGACAGUGACUCCCAAGGUGGAGGUGAUCAAGGGAGAGUCAGCCAGUCUGCCCUGCACCUUCAAAAUCCCUCCCUCCCCGAACAACAUCGUGGAGUGGUUCAUUGAGGAGGGUGGCACCAGGAAGCGUGUUGCAUUCCGUUCCGUGUCGGGCGGCGAGGGGAAGAGUGAUGAGGGGACACGUCUGUCCGACAGAGUGACCAUGGGAAGGGACUUCUCUCUGACCAUCUCCCCCGUGACGGUGGAGGACCAGCUGCCCUUCUACUGCCAGGUCACUGCUGGCCCUGCCGGGGUUGGAGAGGCCAUCACACAGCUCAAAGUCUUCUUCGCUCCAGAGAUGCCAGAGGUCACUGGAUCCAACCAGGCCAUAUCUGUUGGUGACUCCUCCACACAGGUGGGCCAGUGUGUGAGCCAUAACGGUCACCCCCAGCCAAGGAUCAUCUGGUUCCAGGACUCUAAGCCUCUGCCUGAGGUCAAGGACCACAAAGAGAAGGUAUACAUGGUGCCGUCAGUGGUAAAGGAAGCAUCAGGUCUGUUCACCAUCACCAGCACCCUGAUGAUGCAGCCCCAGAAGGCUGACAAGGACAGCGUGUACCACUGCACCGUGGAGUACAGCAUGCCCAACGACAUGAUCAAGCAGAUCGACUCUGACACCUUCUCCCUCACCCUCAACUAUCCCUCUGAGACAGCGACCUUUGUCCUGGUGAACAAUGAGCCAAUCAGAGAGGGUGACGAGGUGAAGAUGAUGUGUGAGACAGAUGGAAACCCUCAGCCUGAGUUUGAUUUCUCCAAGGAUGGGAUAAACAUUAAGGAAGGAGUUGCAGGGGGACUUUUGACUCUGAAGUCCGUCAUGCGUUCGGAUGCUGGGGUGUACAAGUGUAUGGCCACCGACUUUGAUAACCUGGAUGCUGAUCUUAAUGGAGAAGUCACCCUCUCUGUCCACUACAUUGACCCAAUGAGUGUGAGGCCUGCUGGUCCAUUGUCGACAAUGACGGGAGACAUGGUGGAGCUGCAGUGUAAGACCAAGGCCUCAGACUCACACACCGUCCAGUGGAAGAAGGGCUCCACGGUGCUGUCCCAGACUGGUGUCUUGUCUCUGAAGUCGGUGACAUUCGCUGAAGCUGGCGAGUACUCCUGUGUGGGCGCAGUGCCCUCUGUGCUUGGGCUCACCUCCAAGGCCAGCGUCAAUCUCACCGUCUCAGGUAAACCUGAGAUUGACGCAGCUGUUGAUGGAAUGGUGGAGAAGGAGGGAGACAUGGUGACUCUGUCCUGCUCUGCUCACGGACAUCCUGCCCCACAGUUCACCUGGACACCCUCAGGAAAGGAAUCGGUGUCGGUGAAGGGUAACAAGGUGGUCAGUAUGGUCAUGCUGGAGGCCAGUGCUGCGGUCCUGAUGGACGGGGUCACCUGUGAGGCCAGUAACGACCACGGCGCAGCCUCGCAGGCCUUCAAAGUCACCACCAAACAAGCCGUCGAUCCCAACGCAGCCAAUGAUACAGGCAGAGGGAACCAUGUGCUUAAAACAGCUGAUACGCAGCAGGGUGGCUCCAGUGGCGUGGUGAUAGCCGUGGUGGUGUGUGUCCUAAUGCUGCUGCUGCUGGUGGCACUCCUCUACUUCCUCAACAAGAAGGGCAAGCUGCCCUGCAGCAAGAAGGACAAUAAGGAAGUGGAAAGUGGGAAUGUGAAUAAUGACAUUGUGGUGGAGAUGAAGACAGAAAAGGCCAAUGAAGAAGCUGGCCUCCUGAACAAGCCAGCAGCACAGCAGUGAGGAGCAGAGGAGAAUAUGACACAAGAAGACAGAAAGAGAGGGAUGAAGGGAUGGAUGAAAAACGACAGCAGGGCUUGUUUUACUUUUGAUAGAGGGAGCAAUCGGACUGAGGGAGAAAAUACGGUGGAAUGGGAUGGUGUUUUUGUAGGGAUGGGGGUAACCAUGGGGGUAACCAUGGGGGUAACCACGGGGGGGGGUAUUUAAACAUGAGACCUAAUACAUCACUGAACAUCAACUGACUUCAUCAUGACAUUAUCAGAGCAUAAUCCCUGUCCACCAAUCACAACUCUUGGUUGACUCCCAUGCAGAAUAGAGCUGUAGAGUAAACAUGUGUCCAAUGUGACUCUAGCCAACUCCAGUAACCCUUCUCUACCCCAAUCCAAACACAAAAUGCCAUUAAGUCACUGUUUGUUGCAGGAGUGUGUGUGCGUUCGUGUGUGUGUGUGUGUGUGUGUGUGUGUGUGUGUGUGUGUGUGUGUGUGUGUGUGUGUGUGUGUGUGUGUGUGUGUGUGUGUGUGUGUGUGUGUGUGUGUGUGUGUGUGUGUGUGUGUGUGUGUGUGUGUGUGUGUGUGUGUGUGUGUGUGUGUGUGUGUGUGUGUGUGUGUGUGAGUGUGUGCUGUAUUGCAUUGUGUAUCUGAGCUGUGGGUUGUUCUUCGUUCAGUCAGUGUGGAACUGGAUGUGUCUGUUCUGUGUGGAGUCUGCAUCUAGCCCACUCUGGGGGACAUGGGAAAACACAAACUGUCAUGCUAAUGUAUUCAUCCCUACGUGGAUUAUUGUGUCACUCUGAAUUCUAUCCCGUAACAUAGAGAUCAUGCCUACAGUUACAUAAAACUUAAUGAUCAUAUUCCUUGCCCAAUACGAAGAUCAGCAGCAUAUUAGGCACAAUACUUCAGAUGUACUUUGAAACAAAACUUUUCGGUCGACCAGGGCAAGCCGGGCCCACUUAUACAAGUCAAAAGUCAUUCCAACCUAAAUCCACUCCGGCCUUCUGAUAAGAGCCUAUAGUACUGUAUAUAAUUCUAGACUGUUCUAAGCUGGGGGAACAUACCCCCUAUCUCCCUGUUUGCUUUGGUCCUGGCCAGAGUCCUCUCUUUACAGGAUGACAUGAAAUAGAAGACUCUAGUCCCUGUGUAUCAAUUCAUUGUUUAGUUUUUCAUUUCAAAUUAUUAUUAUGUCUAUUCAUUUAUUCAAAUUCCUUGCAGCUGUUACCUUAGCAAAAGCCGAGACAAUUUCUAACUUCCUGAUCCCUUCCGGUGUAAAUGUUUUAUUUUUCUCAAACCAAAAAGCAACAAAAACGACAAGCUAUUGGGUGUAAAAAUUAGUUUCAAAAUGUUGACGAAAUGUAUAUUAUGUAUCAGGUCAUUUGUUUUCUUCUUUUUGUUGCUCUGUCUUUGCAAACUGAAUACUGUAUAACCUGUCAAUCAAAUGGAGGCUUACUGUAUAUGUGAGGUGAAUCUGAAUGAAUCUGUGUGUUUACUGUGUCGUUAGACUCCUGACCCUGCUACAGCUCUCACUGUAUUUCAUAGCCUACUGUCCUUCUCUGAGCAAAGCCAUUUUCAGAAACACAACACUCCCUGUUACGCUCAGCUCACCCAAUUAUCAUCCCCUAGCUCUGGAAAAUUGGAGUAAUCUGGUCAAAUGGGGAACGUUUUUGUCCUCAGUUGACAAUCUGAAAUCUCUGCCAGCUGCACUACCAUUUCCUUCAGCACAGAUUGGCUUUGCAGACCGGAGGGGUUAGCAACACAGUGAGCACAGAUUCACCUGCGAACGUCACAGACACAGGUUAGUCACAGCUUGAUGAGGGAGAGAGGGAG